CUCUCCCCCAAAAAAACAAAAAACAAACCAAAAACAACAAAAAAACAGAAUGACAACCGAACACCAAUCAGUACUCGCUCAGAUGGCCAGACUACAGGGCACCAUCGACGAAUGCAAGAAGAACUUACAACAGGGCUCAAACAACAACAACAACAACAACAACCCAACCACUUCUUCAGCAGCAAACCAACCACCACCAUCGAACUACUACUCAAGGGUUAACUCAGCCCUGCCCCACGUCACAAAGACAACCUGGAAGUUGGCCUCCAACAGGCAACAAGCUAGUAAUCUAAUCAGACCUCAUCUAGCCGGUCGAUCGACCAAACUAAUCCUCAAUCGACCCACACCCACCAACACCAACACCACCACCACCAUCCAACCCAAACCAACCACAUCCCAACUACCCACUCCUACCAACAUCACCCCAUCAUCAUCUGCUCCAAUCACCACCACCUUAUCAGUCUCUGCUCAACCAUUCAAACCAUCCUCUGCUCCCACAUCCAAUCAACCAACCACCACUAACAACCUAGUAGCCCAUGAUUCAACCCAAACCCCUCCCAUCUCACUCGCACCAACAGCACAGAAUAUGACCCCCUCUCCGGUCGCUCAAACUGCCACGAACCUCAGCAACAUGAGCCUGGCUCCUAAUCAUCCUGCCGCCCCACUUACUCGAUCUCCCGCUUCUGCGACUCCUAUCAAGUCCAACGAACUCGUCAUCGAUGGCGUCUCCUUCGUCCGUGACACCCAGGGCAAAAAACUCGUCCGAAAGACCGAACUUGUUCCUGAACCGGUCCAACACUCGGAGAAACCGGCCCCAGUGCCAUCCACCUCUGCUCCUGACCUCAAUGUCCAGAAGGCUACUCCGAUCAAGGCGCUGAUCGGCGGGAUGACCUAUGUUCGUACUAAGUCUGGUAACCUCGUCGAACUCUCCGCACUCAAGAAAUUCCAGGCUCAACGACUCCAAGAAAUCAAGCGUGCUAAACUCCUGGCGACCGUCAAUGCGAUGAAGAGUCGAUACGCUUCUUCUGCCUCCCGGCCAUAUCCUCCUCCUCCUUCUUCCUCUCUUAAUAAUACUUGGGGUCACAAGAAACUCGGCCCUCAACCUUUACGUCAUUCUAAAGUUAUAGCCACAGUGGCCCGACCUCCUGUGAUUAAAAAGAACGAACAAUGUCGAUUUUUUGCUAAGACCGGAGCAUGUCGAAACGGUCUGACAUGUGUUUAUCAGCACGAUCCAUUACAGGUAGCGAUCUGUUCGCGAUACCUGCGCAAGAAAUGUUCGUAUUCAGCCACCUCAUGCCCGUUAUCGCACAAGCCGAACCCGCACAACAUGGAGCAUUGUUCGCACUUCCCACGAUGCAAUAAGGCGGACUGUCCGUAUCCACAUGUGAAGCCGACCAGUUCCCAGAUCUGUCCGGAAUUCGCCGAUCUCGGCUGGUGUUCUAAGGGCGCUCAAUGUACCGAACGUCAUGUGAGGGAAUGCCCCGAGUUUAGUACUAAAGGUACUUGCUCGAAUCCCGGCUGUCGUUUACGUCAUAUGAUCAAUCGGAAUCAUCACCAGAACGAGAACCUCGAGGAAUCUACUAGUCAUCAGGAGGAUGAAGAUCAUCGGAUGACCGCCGAUGAUGAAGCCGGUUCAUCGGACGAAGAGGCGCCAGACACGGCGGGCUCAGCCGGGUUGUUUUUCACCGACUUGACCGGCACUCAUGAUCCGAAAGGCAAACGUAAAGCCCCAUCGUCUAAAGCCCCAGUUGAUCCUCACCAUCAUCAACAACGGACUUUCAAAGGGAUCAGUCAUAAUACCGAAGUCGGUAGUCCGACGGUCAAGCGGAUCAAAUACGAUCAGAUGGCUGACAAUUCAGACUUUGUGAUGUUCAUCUCCAGUGAUGAGGAGCAAGGGACGUCUCCUGUUGGGCAACCCACUUCUUCGAAGAAAGAUCACACCGAACCGGUCGAGAUUUCCUCUGAGGAAGAUAAUGAAGAUGAUGAAGAAGAAGAAGAAGAGGGGGAGGGGGAGAAGGAUGUCGAAGAGGAAGAAGUGAUGGAUGUGGAGGAGCAUGAGUCUGCAGUGGACCCUAGUAGCGUCGAUAGCGAGGAACUUGAUAGCGUGUUGUUGGAUCAUCACCAUCUUCUUUCCCUCGAUCAUCAUCAUCAACUUGAAGACGAACUUGAAGGCGGGUGCGGAGAAGAGAUUCAUGAGGAAGCGAUUCCAGACGAACGGACUCAUGAAGAACGGAUUCCAGACGACACAAAUAACCCGUUUCGAGUAGAACAGAUUCAAGAAGAUCAAGGUCGAGGAUUCCUAGAGGCCGAAAAAGAAGAAGAAGACGAAGACGAAGAAGACGAUAAGCCGCUUCCCACGCCCACUCAUCCCUUGCCCCCUCGUCCGCCUUCGCCCUGCUUCCCCGCAUCCCCCGGGCCACUCAUCUUUUCCGCCCAUCGAGCCCCACUCAGCCUCUUCCCUUUAACCCCCAAUCCGUCUCAUCAUCAUCCUCAACUGGCUCCGCCGCCGCUUUCUCCGGUGGUCGUUGUUAAGCCCAGGAAUCGGUCGUCUUUGGAGCCGGGCGAAGAGAUCGAAGAAGGAGAAAUCUUCGAUGAUGAUGAUGAUGUCGAGGAGGAGAUGGCGCAGGAUCCUCCUUCUGGUGAAGCUCAGGUUUCUCAUCGGCCGGCCCACCCCCAUGGCUCUCAUCAACAACCCCAGCUGGCGGAUUCCUCCGUCAGCUCUCAUUCUUGUUCGAUGGCCGUCGAGGAAGGGUUGGAUUCUGAAGACGACGACGAACUCGUGGCUAGGUUGUUGCUCGGAAAUCCGCAUCGUCGUUUCUUUUAGUUUUUGCUUCUUCUUCUUCUUCCUCUUCUCUUUUUUCCCACUUUUUUUUGUGUUUUUUUUUUGUGGUGUGGUGUGGUGUGGUGUUUGGGUUGUGUAGGUGAAGGUGGAUUAGCUAGCGUACGUUUUCUUUUCGUUCUUUUCUUUCAUUUUUCAUUUUUUUUUGUAUAUAUAUAUAUUCUGUCUUUGUUUUUUAUGGUAUGGUUAUGAGAAUUUUUAUUUCGAUUCGACACUAUAUGUCCACUUUAUCUAUCUUUCCUUGGCGGGGUAUUGUGUAUAUAUCCUACGUAAGUCGUUUUUCUUAAUCUUUCGAUGUG